AACGCAAUAAUUAAUGGAGUCGUAGUUCGUUUCGGUGAUCUGUAUAAAACGAACUUCUCCUCUCUGGGAUCUUGUUCAAUACAUAAAUGUAUCAGUGCAACUAAUCAGUCAAGACCAAUCUUGCCGUUGACACUACAACCAUUCAUAUGGAGUGUUUAUUUCCAUCUAGACUGUGAACCACAAUUCUUGUUUCGCAA